CUUCAUCGUCGCUAUCAUCAUGUAUUGAAUACUGUUCUUCGACAAGCUGAAUUGCAUCAUUCGCCAUGAUCACUGCCACCGUCUCAGAGGCCACAUAUAUUACACGGUGCCUCAGGUGUCCCCCUACUAUCAAAGAUGAGGAAAAGGAUACCCCUAAUCGACUGCUCGAUUCACGUACAGUACACGCGUUCGUCUCGCCUACGGACUGCCGGUCUACCUGGGACUGUGUCUGCUUUACGUCUCCUCUGCCAGUACAAGGAUCGUAAAAUGCCUUGAUCUGUGGUGGUGGCCGCACCUCAUCACGUCCCUGAUGUUUCACGUCCAAGAUAUGCAGAUCAACCUCGAGAUCUCCUUGCUUGCUUCCCUCUAGUUCUGCAAUUAUGGUCUCUAUCCAUCUGAAUGCACGCCUCAACUGCAAUAUCAGCGACGUUUCCAGAAUCCUUCAAUGAGCUGUGGACUCUUUACACAUCGUCCUUGCAUCGCUUCAAGUGAAGGUCGAUGCCCGAGAUCACUCACUAAAUGCUCACUAGUCGUGCCGCCUUGGAGAAGAGGCGGCAUUGUCCUCCGACUCCGCAUCUCCAGACGCUGAUAAGGACGCCGGCACCCUCCUCGCUGAUUGUCAUCACUGUCACUGCUGCUGUGUUUUCACGGUUAGUACCCCUUACGAUGUCUACAAUGCACAGGACAGGUGUUAGCCGAAAGGCACAGGCAUGUGUCAGCUGUCAUGCUCGGAAGAUACGUUGCGACAUGGCGACCAUGGGGACACCUUGCUCCUCAUGCAGUAGGGCCUCUUUGGAUUGUCACGAAUUCCACCCAAAGCGACGUCGAAUUCGUGUGGCUGAAGCUGCCCUGACCGCCGCUUCAGAGGCGUGUGUAUAAAUAGCACUGGUAUUGAAAACGGGCUAACAGGGAUACCCGAAAGGCAUGCUUCAUCCACCGCUCUCCCUUCUUCGAGCUACCGUAGUAGCUAUGCAACCCUCGGUGAAGGUGACCACGAUCCUGAGCAGAUUCAGGUCCUGGGCAGUGAGGAUAUCGCCAAGGCAGGAUCGAUUCUGCUAGAUUUCCUCUCACAAGACUUUGACAAGGGAUCAAUAGGAGAUUACCAGGCAACUUUUGUGGAGGACUACGCCAAUGUGCUGCGAGUGCUAGGCCCAGUUUUUGGCAAAGGCUUUCAACCGAACGUGAAGCAUUUCCGUGACGCGCCUUUCAUAAAGCGCCUAAAUGGUACCAUUCCGCGGACCAUCACUGAAGAGGAACGAGCCAUACUCGAUCAUCACGGCUCGUUUGUGCUUCCCGACAGGAACAUUGCAAGCGGAUUUAUAACUGCAUUCUUCGACCGAGUUUACCCUACUAUGCCUAUCAUAGACCAGGCCGGUCUGCGAAAAUCCUACCUCGAUCUGUCGUCGCUCGAAACUCUGUGCCCCCCACUGUUACUGUUGCAAGCAGUCAUAUUAUCUGGUUCGACCGUCUGGCAACAUCCAGAUUUGCAGUCACAACCAGAAGAAGUUUCGAGACGGCUUCAUCAUCGUGCUAAAGCGCUUGUCGACCAAAGAUUCGAGCAAGACCGGCUAACAUUGGUAGUUGCACACCUACUGUUCAGCACAUACACUUGUGACAGCUGUGAUGACACUAUUCAAAACAUGUGGCUGUCCCUGGGCAGUGCAGUGCGGAUCGCUCAAGGCUUAGGCAUGCACCGAGAUCUCGGUAGUGCUGCCACAGAUUCGAAGCAUCGGCGACAGUGGAAGAAAGUAUGGUGGACUUUAGUCCUGCACGAUACUCUCUGCUCCUUCGAAUGGGGUCGGCCACGAGCAAUUCACCUGGCAGACAGCGACGUCCCAGAACUCCAGCAGAGCGACUUCGAGCCAACCGAGCCAGGAGCCUUGGCUUGCGCUGAGCACAUCGACUUCUUCCUAGCGGCGAUCUCUCUUUGCUUCAUCAUCAAUGACUGGCUCGACUGCCUUCGUCCUGGGGGUCGUGCAAAAGGCUCCUACCGACUGCGACGAGAGCAAGGUUCCCAACGUGCCCAGGAGGAGUUGCAAUCCUGGUUGUCGGGGUUGCCGCCGACUAUGAACCCCAAUAGACCACCUUCACAGCACACGCUUUGGUCGGGCACGCUCCACGUCGCGUACUAUACGGCGGUCAUUCGGUUCGACUCUAUCGCUGGGGCCAACGCACAAGUCGUCCACGAUGCGGCAACAGCCAUCAGCAAGAUCUGCCUUUCUCUGUUCGAGCAAGAUUUGAUAAAUUCGAUCUGGGUGUUUGCAAUACAUCAGCUCUAUCUUGCCAUGUGCCAGCACGCACGUGAAUCUCGCGAUCCAGAUCCCUCCAUAUCAGCACGAGGCUUGCAGAAUCUCCAAGAAUCUUUGCCUGUACUCAAAAAGCUAGGCGCGAAGAACUCAGUUGCGAGGCAAGCCUUUAUCUUCCUCGAUGAGGUCUCGAAAGGAGAAAUAUUGCCCCACCCAGACAAUUGGCACCAUUCGGACUUUUCGCCGUGGAACAUCGACAGUCUGCCGUGGCAGUUUCCUGGCUUUGACCAAUUGCCUCAGACGCCUGGGACUUGCAAGAAGGGAACGACUUCUCAUGACCUCGCAAGGGCUAAGGAUACUGAGAAACGAUUGCAAUAGGCUAUGAUACAUAAGGAAUGAACUUAGGAGAACUGACAACGUGUUAUAUGGUCGGAUGAAUGCUCUAUUUGACGAGGCGAUGGAACAAAACGAGAAUAGAUCUUUUGAACACCUAAUGACAAAUAGAAAAUGAAAAAAAUCACUUCAAUAAAUAAA